UCGAUCACCUCUCCCCAUUUAUCCUUCUCACGGCACGAAGACCACCAAUCUGGUGGCAUUCCUCAUCAGCGCUGCGCUAUUCAUACUCUGCGAUAACAGCGAUACAUAUUCCUCGCUCACCUAUUUUGGCACAGUGAAGCUCCAGAUUAAAUCUCUCUACCGUUUCGCCUCUUCCUAGCCAUCUGUCGUUCCCGAAUAGUACCAUGACAGUAGUCAACAGAGUUGUCAAGCCCCCUGGCGGCGACUCCACCGCCGAUGUGCUCAACUGGAACGGCGACGGCGACGACGUCAGCGUUCCCGAUGUGCUCGGUAGCGGGAAAAAGUGUAUCAAGCGCCUUAGCCAGAAGAACUUCGAGAGCCAAGUGGUCCUCGCACACGUGGAGGCCGACACCAAGCAGACCGGGACCCCGGAGCCCGCGCCAGCGUCGGACAACAUCUUCACGCCAUCCGACCAGACCGACCGCCCCAGCGUGCGCCUCCACCAACCCGCCGGCGGCAAGAGCCAGAUUCUCUUCGGCGACGAGGACUACCUGCCGACGAAGGCGCUGUGCCCGCAGAAGCUGACGGACCUGAUGGGCACGCUGAGCUGCGAGGCGGACAGCGAGGAGAAGCGCCGCCCGCUUUGCCAGGCCAAGCUCAAGGACCUGUACGGCUCGAUCUCGCUCUACGGCGAGGAGGUGGUGGAGGACGUCCGCCCCUCCAUCACCGUGCACCAGCUUCCUGGCGGUGCGAGCUCUAUUGUAUUCGGUGGCGACACCCCGCCCAGCCCGCCGAAACGUCGACCGUCCGAUCGCAAGAUGAUCGAUCUGAUGGGUCGCGGGACGAUGGAGCCGACGGAUUCGGGCAUGCAGCAGCUGAGCGCGGCGAAGCGCCGCGAGCUGCAGGGGGAAGACAUCUUCGCGGACGGGAAGCUCAACAUCCGCAGCUGCAUUGGCGUGCGCCAACCGCCCGGAGGCGGAAGCUCGCUGUCGCUCGUAUGAGCGCGGCAACAUUCCCAAAACGCACUGUUGAUACGGGUUGGCUAUAUAUUUGCUUUUGUAGGUGUUGUCUGGCGCUAUGCUUGAUCUAGCUGUUAGAACUCAAAGAUACCACCUUUAGUAUCUUGUUACUGGUUGCUCCAUGGGAUGUGUGCAUCUAGUGCAGGUAGCUGGGUGAAGUUGUACACAAUGUAUCUUAGUAACAACCAGAUGGAUCCCCCCGAUCAUAGUAGGUGUUAUGAAUG